CAUUCUUCAGGGAGGGACAUUUGCUUUUGUGGCACCCUCCCUGGCCAUGCUCUCUCUUCCCACCUGGAAGUGCCCUGAGUGGACAUUCGAUGCCAGCCAAGUGAAUACCAGCUCUCCUGAAUUCAUCGAGGAAUGGCAGAAGAGGAUCCGAGAGUUGCAGGGAGCCAUCAUGGUCGCUUCCUGUGUCCAGAUGCUGGUGGGCUUCUCCGGCAUCAUUGGCUUUCUCAUGCGCUUCAUCGGUCCCUUGACCAUUGCUCCGACCAUCUCCCUGGUGGCCCUGCCUCUCUUCGAUUCUGCGGGCAGUGAUGCCGGGUCCCACUGGGGGAUCGCUGCCAUGACCAUCUUUCUCAUUGUACUGUUUUCUCAGUACAUGAAAAACAUCGCCCUGCCCGUGCCGGUUUGUGGACGAGAGAAGCGUCACACCGCUAAGUUCUACCUGUUUCAGAUCUUCCCCGUGCUGCUGGCGCUCUGCAUCUCCUGGCUCCUCUGCUUCGUGCUCACAACCACCAACACCUUCCCCUCGGCCCCCACAGCCUAUGGGUACCUGGCCCGCACCGAUACCAAAGGCAGCGUCCUGAGCCAGGCCCCGUGGUUUCGCUUCCCUUACCCAGGACAGUGGGGCCUCCCCACCGUCAGCCUGGCUGGGGUGUUCGGGAUCAUCGCCGGGGUGAUCUCCUCCAUGGUGGAGUCAGUGGGUGAUUACUACGCCUGCGCCCGGCUGGUGGGGGCCCCGCCCCCUCCGAAGCAUGCCAUCAACCGCGGCAUCGGCAUUGAGGGCCUGGGCUGCCUGCUGGCGGGGGCCUGGGGGACAGGGAACGGCACCACCUCCUACAGCGAGAAUGUCGGGGCGCUGGGUAUUACCAGGGUGGGGAGCAGGAUGGUGAUCGUCGCCGCGGGCUGCGUGCUGCUCCUGAUGGGCGUCUUUGGGAAGAUAGGGGCUGCGUUUGCCACCAUCCCAACCCCCGUGAUCGGAGGCAUGUUCCUGGUGAUGUUCGGGGUCAUCACCGCCGUAGGGAUUUCCAAUCUGCAGUACGUGGACAUGAACUCAUCCAGGAACAUCUUUGUCUUCGGCUUCUCCAUCUACUGUGGGCUCGCCAUCCCCAACUGGGUGAACAAGAACCCCGAAAGGCUCCAGACAGGGAUUCUCCAGCUGGACCAGAUCAUCCAGGUGCUGCUGACCACGGGCAUGUUUGUCGGUGGAUUUCUGGGCUUUCUACUGGACAACACCAUCCCCGGCAGUCUGGAGGAGAGAGGCCUCCUGGCGUGGAUUCAGAUCCAGGAGUCUGAAGAGUUGACGAAGGCCUUGGAGGUCUACGGCCUCCCCUGCGGGAUCGGCACCAAGUUCGGCACCAAGUCCUCCUGCGUCCAGUGGCUCCCCUUCUGGCCCAGACUGGAGCACGAUGGGAAAGGAGCAGCGGGAGUGAGCCAGCUGUCACUCUGCCCCCAGGAUUCCUCAGGAGAGCACCAAAAAGGUGCCGCAGAAACCAGGAUGUGA